AUAAGGAGAGUACAGGCGGCAGAGCAGACUCCUGUGCCAGCGAAAUACUUUCAUUCAGUUCACUCUUGUUUCUGUAGCAUUAAUCAAAGGCUGCUCUCCCAAGUUGAUCUGUUAGGGAAAUCUCAAGAAGAGGACCAUUGUUAUUCAAAUUUAAGUGAAGUUUGGAAAAAACAUGAGCAGUGGGGAAUUCCUUACACUGUUUUUGUGGAUACACUGGCUGCUGACCUGCUGCAGUGGAGCUUUAGCAACUACUGAACCUUCUAAAACAAGUCCAACUACGUUAAAGAAAACUGACUUUAACAGUAUUGAGAGCAAAUUUUCCCUAAGAACUUUAGAAGAGCCGGAUGAUGACACUUGUUAUCUAGUACCUGGUCAAGAACACACAGUGGAUCAAUGUAAUUUCAACCACACAAGCAAAACAUUUGUUGUAAUCCAUGGAUGGACGGUUACAGGCAUGUUUGAGAGUUGGGUUCCUAAACUGGUAGAUGCCUUGUACAAAAGAGAGCCAGACUCCAAUGUCAUUGUUGUUGACUGGCUAACUCGAGCCCAACAACACUACCCUGUCUCUGCAGAGUAUACUCAGCUGGUUGGACAAGAUGUUGCAAGUUUCAUUGACUGGAUGGAUGAUACAAUACAAUAUCCAAUAGAUAACAUUCAUAUCCUGGGAUACAGCCUUGGGGCUCAUGCAGCCGGUGUUGCUGGAAGUCUGACAAAUAAAAAAGUCAACAGGAUAACUGGACUGGAUCCUGCAGGCCCUACCUUUGAAUAUGCAGAGAAUGCUAUUAUUUUGUCCCCUGAUGAUGCCGAAUUUGUGGAUGUCCUCCAUACUUACACUAGGGGCUCUCCAGACCGUAGUAUUGGUAUUCAAAAGCCUGUAGGACAUAUUGACAUUUAUCCAAAUGGUGGAAGCUUUCAGCCUGGUUGCAAUCUCGGGGAAGCCCUCCGACUUAUUGCAGAAAAAGGAUUUGGAGAUGUGGACCAGCUUGUGAAAUGUUCUCAUGAACGCUCCAUUCAUCUCUUCAUUGAUUCUCUGUUGUAUGAAGAAAAGCCAAGCAUGGCCUAUCGCUGCAAUUCUAAAGAAGCCUUUGAAAAGGGGCUUUGCUUGAGCUGCAGGAAAAAUCGUUGCAAUACACUGGGUUAUAAGGUCAACAAAGUUCGGGGAAAAAGAAGCACCAAGAUGUACUUGAAAACAAGAGCUCAGAUGCCUUUCAAAGUUUUCCAUUACCAAGUUAAAGUGCACUUCUUUGCAAAGAAGAACUUGACUGUAACCGAUCAACCUUUCUUAGUUUCUUUGUAUGGAACCCAAGGAGAAAGUGUGAACAUGCCUAUCACGAUACCUGAAAUUUCUACCAACAAGACUUAUUCAUACUUGAUCUACACUGAAUUAGAUAUUGGAGAUCUACUGAUGUUGAAAAUAAAGUGGGAAAAGGACUCCUAUUUUAGUUGGUCUGACUGGUUCACCGCUUAUUUAUUUAACAUCCAAAAGAUCCGAGUAAAAUCCGGAGAAUUCCAGAAAAAGUUAGUUUUCUGCUCUAAAGAAGGCAAUUUUGCAUCACUGCAGAGAGGGAAGGAACCAGUAGUAUUUGUGAAAUGUAACGAACACGCCAAAAAAAAGCAAGAAUGAUGUGAAAAAAGUUUUGCACAAAAUAUUUGCCAAUACUGAAAGGAAAAAGCCAUCUUCGCAACUGGACCUACAAUCUCUAUAUACAUGAAAUCAUAUUCCGUUUAACAAGAGCAAUUGUUAUAUGUGAGGGAGAAGUUGUGCUAUGUACUGAAAGAACAAAUGAGAAGUUCAAAAACAGUCUUGAAUUUUAACCCUAGAUUUUUAUGCCACUUACUGCAAAUAUUUAUUAUAUAAAAAUAUUUAUAUAGUUAGAAUAUAUACAUAUAUUCAUGUAGUCAUGUGGAAAAUCUAGAUAAAUAUGCACUUAUUUUAAGGAGGUGACUUGAAACUGCAGUCUUGCACUCCAUGUAUUUAUUUGGAGAUAUUUGAGAAUAUACUGUGACAAAAUACAUUCAUGCUGGGCAAGAACAAAUACCAUCUUUUUGUUGUAGGGAAAUAUUUAAAGAUAGGUUUUAUAUGCUUAACAUAUUUCUAGUGCCCUGUCACCAUUCCUAUUUAUUUCUACAUUUGCAGUAUUCUGAUCUUAGAAGCCAAUUCAUGCAGGGGUUAGGCAAAGGCAACAAUUCAUUUUGAACUUUUAGGUAUUUGCUACUAUUUUUUGCAAGGUUAUUCUUUAAGCUUGAAGCAUAUAUACUCUUUAGACAGUGAAAUGAGAUGUGUUUAAUUAGGACUAGAGAAAUAUGCUACCUACUGUGGGUUCACUUUGGCAUGCCCAUUUUAUUUGUGGUUUCCUUAGAAAUCAUUGUUACAAUAUAUAUAAAUGGAGUGAUUUAAUGUAUACUUCCUUGUUAAUGUCAAAGUUUUACCCUCAGUUUUAUUUCUUUAACUGUGAGGCAGUAGGGCUUAUUUACUAAAGGGGUGCAAAAUGCAAACAUUAAAGCAAUUAACUAUGUUUUGUAAACCUACAAUGCAACAUUACUUACAUGAUUUCAAGCUCAACAACCAGCUGCAAUCAGAAUCGAUUAUAAACUGUGCACAAAUGGGUGCAAGCAGUACCUAUGGGGUAAUAGGUGGCAUGCAUGUAGGACAUAGAUGUUCUAUUACAUACCCUUUCUUUGGGUGUAGUUCUGGUGGCUCAACAGUGAGGGCCUAUUAGAGAUUCCAGUGCACAGAGAUGACUGGAUUGUGGAUCCCCCACCUCAAGGUGGUCAUUGAGAAAAGAUCCGUUAGAUUGGUGACCUGAUCAACCAAGUAGAUAUUUCAGUGUAUAGCCAGCUAUGCUAAAUGUUGUUCCUUGUGCCUGACGCAUAAAAUGGCAUUUGGAACAAUACAGAUGAAUGUACAUUUGUGCACAGUGUAUUUCUUGGUGAAAUUCACUUAUGCACUUAUUUUAGUGCCUAGUGAUAGUAAAUAAGCCCUUUUAUGUGUGAAGAGAAAAUCCCUUCACUCGAUAAAUCUAUAUUUAUAGAUAGUUAGGGCUUUUCAAAGCUCCUAUAUAUGUGCUCUAAAUAUGGUUUCAUAAUUCACUGUCUAUGGGCAAAUUAUAGAAAAAAACAACUUAUGGUUGGUAAUACUGAAAAACUUGCAAUACAUAAAAGCAAUUACAAUUCCCUGUAUCCUCCAGUGUCCCUUAACAUCAGACAGAGUGCCAGUUAAUAGAAACAUCAUAAACAUAUUAUAUUCCUCUCACACUUUUCUUUUUGUCAUUUAUCAUUUUUAUAACACUGGCUAUAUAUAGGCUAAUAUUGUUUACCAACUCUUUAGCAAGCUGGUACCUUAUUGAGUAUAGAGCAAGAGUGACAUCAGGGCAUGGAUGCAGACUAUUGCCUAUUGGAGUAUAUUCAAAGGCCCCUGUUGUAAGCAGAUCGUUGGCCUGGGUGGUACAUACUAUAUAGUACUUUAAGUUAAAAAAAGACAUAGGUCCAUCAAGUUUAACCUUUGUAAGAGAAUUAGUAGCCUAACUACUAGUGUGUAUGGCUAGCUUAAAUCAGAUUUAUAUAAUCUCAGAUAAAUAUCAACUUGGUCUUUCCCUAAUCAGACACCAUGAUGAGUAACUGUCAACACAUCCUGUUUUUUUGCCAGUAAAUAAUAUAAAAUCUUUCUACUGUUUGAUGUUACAUACAGUAAUGUUACUAGAGAUGAGCAAAUCCAUUAAUUCACACCUUAUUUAAGGUCCGUUUGAGUUACUAAAUUGUUACUAAAUUGAGUUACUAAAAUUCACUAAAUUGCAUUUAGUAUAUUAAUUAACAGAAAAUACAGAGGACAGAUUUGCAUUCUAUGAAUCUGAGAUUUAGCUAACCGGGUGUCUUUCUCAAUUCUUAAGUGUUUCAUUUCUUCUUCAAUAUGGAUGAGCCUUGAACAAAUGCAGAAUGGUAACAUUUCUUGCAUUUAAAUUUAUAGUAGGUAGUUUUCAAAUUAGUUAUUCAUAAAGCAGCGCAAUGGAUAAUGUUUAUGGCAAGGAGUGGAGAUGAUCAGUCAAAAGACUGUUGCUAAAGUCAUGCACUUUUUUUAAAUAGAGCAUGAUAUAUUAUCUUGUGUUGAUUUUUGUAAAGUAGAUUAAAUAAUCCUACAAGUGAUCUUUCUAUAAUUGUAUGUCUAUAAUCAAAUAACAAUAAAAAGAAUUUUGUAGUAUAGAAUGUUUUAUCUGUAGGCACAUUAAUGAUGGGAAUGACUACAGAGGAGGUUAUAACAAAAUACUAGCUCUUUUAAGUCCACAUACCGGUACUCUUGUUCAUAAGAGAGUGUUAAAUUCAAAUUAAAAGGCACAAUUACAAAUGCAAAUACAAUGCAAUGUAAAGCUGGAAAAGACUGCAAAUUGUCAUGUUUUUACACACAAUGCAACCCACAAUUCUUUUUAAAACUCUAGCAUAAUAGCAGAUGCCUACUACACAGCAUUCAGCUCAAAUUGUGUAAAUCAAGCACAAGUAGCACCACAAGCUUUUGUUAGUAUGAUCAGCGUCACUGUAGGCAUGUGAGUAUGAGGGGCAACAAUAAGAGCAUGAAAAGCAACUUCCUGAUUUUGCAUUGUGUAAGGAAUCAUUAAGAGUUGUGAUUAGAUUCUGUAUCACCGCCAAAACACUUGUGUUCUGUGUAUCUGUCAUUUCAAAAACUGGAAUAUGCCUCUUUAGUUGAAAAUUUGGCGCUGUGCUUUGAGAUAAAAUAAUUAUACUGAUUAUAUAUCAAAUGAAUAAAAUGGUUUGACUGUUACGGAAUAAAGAAAAACAACUUGUUAUUAUUUAUUUACUGUUUAUAUGUAGUUUAGUGUAAGAUGUAUUUGUAUAUAUUGUAGAACUAUGAAAAAAUUUUUUACUCUCUUGUAUAUAUAUAUAUUUAGUUAUUUUCAAAACCCUUCAUAUAUAAUUAGAUAUUUUAUUAUGGUUUUUUUUGAUCUUUGAACAAAAAACACAAAAAAAUAAAGGAUAUCAGAAAAAAA